CAAUUCAGUACUCACCCACAACCUCCCUCAACUWGGCCGACGUUUUUGUCGAGAUGGCGAGYAAUGAAAGCACAAAACUGCUGAACAAGCAGAGGGAUGCCGAUCAGCAUAAUGCUUGGAAUGGAGAGGAGGUAAGCGGUUGCAGCGUUUGAUAAAUCCAUCUAUUGCAGGGAAUUGAUAGAAAUGGAAUCUUUAUUCGCCUAUCAAUUAAUUUUUGUUCAAACAAUUCUCUCUGCCUUCGUUUAUUUUCAUGGUUUGUCGACUACCGCYCGUGAAACUGCGAUAACGGAAUGGCGCUCGAAACGCCACCUUCAAUGCUCURAUGKGAAAAUGAACWACAGACGCUUUCGAAUUUGAUGACCGAUUCCUCCGAUUUUGCCCGCAGUGUGCGAAGUCACACAAUUGGUAAACUAGGAGGCUCUUCUUCMAUGGGAAACUUUAAGGUUCAUCUUGGAGAGGAAUUGACCAAGUCCCURCCUCGGAGUUACAGCGCCACUAUGGAUGGCCAAGUGGCUAAUUUGACUCCCUCUCAAAUGGGACAGCAAGAGAUGUACACUCAGGUACCCUUUGUGGCGAUCCCCGGUUUGCAAAAAAAGGAACGAGAAGUUGCUAGUACGUUCGCUAACUAUGCGGCCGACUUGGACGUGGCAUCGAUUMGAGGACUUUCGGAAAUGGAUAAAACCAUCCGACAUGCCAGUUCUACAAUGCUCAUUUUGGAUGAAAUGGAAGACUCGAAAGUUGUUACUGCACCAUUGAUCUUUACCGUCAUUAUCGUUUCCGCGUCCAUGUUUUUGGUGGGGCACAACACAUCGGUAAUGAAUGCCCCAGAAAAGGUUGUUUUUCCUGGACACAGUAUCACCUUGUGGGCUUUGGCUGUGGCUGCAUUUGCUAUUGGAGGACCAUUUGGUUCGGGAAUGGGAGGAAAAUUGGCCGACAAACGCGGUAGACGCGGUGCGAUGCUGAUUGGGAUCUGGAUUUUUUUGCUGGGCGGUUUGAUUCAAUCAGGUAGGCAUUUGUUAAGAUUUCUUCCCGCGAAUACCUCGGUCAUUUAUUUUCUCAUCCUUGUUUUCUAAAUUGCUGUGGUUUCUCCGGUCCUACAUGUUCGAUGCUACUCCAUUGAUUGGAAACAGUUGCUCAGGAUAUGCUGACUAUCAUUUUAGCUCGUUUCAUUAUUGGUUUUGCAUCGGGCUACACUACGGUACUAGUACCGGUAUACUUGGGUGAGGUAGCUCCUCCUAGUCUUCGCGGUACUUUGGGUACGCUCACCCAAUUUGCACUGGUAGUCGGUAUUCUUUUUGCAGAUAUUGUCGCGUUUCCKUUCGCCACGCCCUCUGGAUGGAGAGUUAUGUUUUCAUUCACUGCUAUAAUCGCUGUAGGUCAGCUUCUUUUGUCUCCGUUCUUGCUGGAAAGUCCGAGAUGGCUCYUGAAUCGGGAUCCCAAUUCCUUGCGCGCACGAUACAUUAUCAAGAAGCUACGAGGUCUGCGCAACGAACAGGAUGUUGAACGAGAGGUGGGAAAUUUUAUUAUUGGUGAAUCUGCACAGCACCACGAAGAGGGGCAUGACGCCGACACAUUGAAAGAAAUCUUAUCCCAUCGAAAACGCCGCAARCUAUUGAUCUCUUGUCUGAUUUUGCAGAUGGCACAACAAUUGUCCGGGAUCAAUGCWAUCUUYUUCUAUUCUACAUCCAUUUUGGAAGGAGUCAUCGACAAUCCAUUGGUCGGAACAACUAUCAUUGGUGCGGUGAAGUAAGUUGCUGUUUUCGAUACAGUGAUUCAUUUGUACCCAUCAAAUGAGCGAAAUACUCACGAUCUUUUUAAAUGACUCAAUUCAUCCAAAAUCACAGCGUACUCGCUACGUAUGUUGCUCUUUUGAUCAUGGACUCGACCGGCCGAAGAUCAUUGAUUUUAUGGUCGUCUGGGUUGAUGUUCGCUUCCUGCAUUAUCGUUGUUCUCGCUCUCAAGGGCAUCUUGAGCAAUAUCUUUGCUCUUUUGGCAGUGAACCUUUAUGUGUUUGGUUUCGAGAUUGGUCUUGGACCCAUCCCUUGGUUGAUUGUGGCUGAAAUGUUUGAUGGUAAAUACGUUACGGUGGCGAUGAGUCUGUGCAGUCAGCUUAACUGGGCGUGUAACUUUAUUGUUGGGAUGGUAUUCCCCUACAUCAAUGCCUACUUGGGCCCCUAUUCGUUCAUUCCAUUUGCAAUCAUCUUGGCCAUGACCUUCCUCUUCAGUCUGUUUGUUUUGCCCGAAACCCAAGGCAAAACACCUGAGGAUUUGAUUGCCGAAAUGGUGCGAAGAAAUUCUCAGAGCAUGGUUUACGAAAUCAACGCCGACUCCGAUGCAGGUGCAAUCAACGAAGAGUGGAAAAAGGCGAUGGAACAGCUCAUGGAGGAAGAUCAAAACCGAAUGAACGCUGGAAAYUAUGGUGAGURCMGUAUUACGGUUUCGUUUUUGGAGUAGUCGUGGGUGGGAUGCCCCGCUCUUGUUGUUGUGUUGGCGACAAAAAUCGAUUUGCACUAACGCUAUUUGUCGAUAUUGCGCUUUGUUUUGUGUGUUGCGAAUCCAGACUAUGGUUUCAAACCAAUCGAGAAUGCCUAAAGAACAUUAAAAUCCUUAUUUUUCC